UCCUUGGAGACUGACAUUUUCCCCCCUAAAGGCAAAGACAACAAAAGAAAUCGCAUUGAGAGCAAACCCCAGGCCUUCAACUGCAAGGAUGUUGGCCAGGAUGUCUGAUCUCCACGUUCUGCUGUUAACUGUUCUUGUGGGAAAGUCAGCCAUGGGGUUGUCCCUGAUGCCGUUCCUGGACGACCUGGACCCAGAUUGGACUCCUGACUACUAUGACUACAGCUCGGAGCAUCAGAAGCAGGAGGAGGCCACCACCUCCUGGCAGGCCUAUGCCGAGAAUCCCGACUGGUACUACGCAGACGACGAUCCAUGCCAGUCCAACCCCUGUGAACAUGGCGGGGACUGCGUCAUCCGCGGGGACACCUUCACCUGCAGCUGCCCGGCCCCCUUUUCUGGGAACAGGUGUCAGAACGCUCAAAACAAAUGCAAGAACAACCCAUGUGGCCGAGGGGAGUGUCUCAUCACGCAGAGUCCCCCCUACUACCGCUGCGCCUGUAAAUACCCUUACACGGGUCCCGACUGUUCCAGAGUGGUUCCCGUGUGCAGGCCAAACCCCUGCCAGAACGGCGGUACCUGUUCAAAGCACAAGCGGAGAUCCAGGUUUAGCUGCGCCUGUCCUGAGCAGUACGGGGGGAGAUUCUGCGAAAUAGGUCCUGAGGACUGCUACGUUGGGGACGGCUACUCCUACCGUGGGAACGUGAGCAGGACGGUCAACCUGCACCCCUGCCUCCCCUGGAACUCCCACCUCCUGCUGCAGGAGAAUUACAACAUGUUCAUGGAGGACGCAGAGGCCCACGGGAUCGGGGAGCAUAACUUCUGCAGAAACCCAGAUGGAGACAAAAAGCCCUGGUGUUUCAUUAAAGCCAACAGUGACAAGGUGAAGUGGGAGUUCUGCAACGUCCCCGCUUGCUCAGCCCCAGAUGUUGCCAACCUAGAGGGGAGCCCCGCGGAGCCCCCCACCAAGAUUCCGGGGUUUGCCUCCUGUGGUAGGACCGAGAUAGCAGAGAGGAAGGUCAAGCGGAUCUACGGAGGCUUCAAGAGCACGGCGGGCAAGCACCCGUGGCAGGUGUCCCUGCAGACCUCCCUGCCACUGACCACCUCCAUGCCCCAAGGCCACUUCUGUGGGGGUGCCCUGAUUCACCCCUGCUGGGUGCUCACUGCUGCCCACUGCACUGACAUGAAAGUCAAACAUCUAAAAGUCGUGCUAGGGGACCAGGACCUGAAGACAACAGAAUUCCACGAGCAGAGCUUCAGGGUGGAGAAGAUAUUCAAGUACAGCCACUAUAAUGAAAGAGACGACAUUCCCCACAACGAUAUUGCUCUGCUCAAGUUAAAGCCAGUUGAUGGUCACUGCGCUGUGGAAUCCAAAUAUGUGAAGACUGUAUGUUUGCCUGACGAUCCUUUUCCCUCUGGGACCGAGUGCCACAUCUCUGGCUGGGGUGUGACAGAGACAGGAGAAGGGUCCCGACAGCUCCUGGAUGCCAAGGUCAAGUUGAUCUCCAACACCUUGUGCAACUCCCGCCGUCUCUAUGACCACACCAUCGACGACAGUAUGAUUUGUGCAGGAAACCUUCAGAAACCCGGGCAAGACACCUGCCAGGGUGACUCGGGAGGCCCUCUGACUUGUGAGAAGGAUGGCACCUACUACGUCUAUGGCAUCGUGAGUUGGGGCCUAGAAUGUGGGAAGAAGCCGGGGGUCUACACCCAAGUCACCAGGUUCCUGAAUUGGAUCAAAACCACCAUCCACGGGGAGACAGGCUUCUAAGGCUGUCCUCAGAACCCCAGAGCACAUCCCUCUCGGCACCAAGGGGCCCUCCUGGACAGCAAGGGACAUCGCGGGAGCCUCCAAGAGGCCACACGCCAGAGUGUCCAUGCUCUAAGCAGAGACAACCCCUGCCCAGACUGGAACUUGCGGGACCAGCUUUUGCACCAUCCCAUGAGGCUCCCAGGAUUGAUGGAAUCGACAUGAAAUGCAUUAGUUUGUUUCUGUUCCAACAACUGUGCCCUCUAGAAAAUCAGCGUUCACAGAGUCCGCCUCCACGGGGGACAUCUGCAAAUGCGAGAUUGGGGGAUGCCCAGCGCCAGGGGCAAUCACCUGGACUCUCAUUGUUGCAGACAAGAGGCACUCAACAGAACCAGCCACCUCCUUCAGGGACUAGAGAGAAGACCAAAAACACAAACUCCUCCGAUUGCUUUUAGAGGUGUUAUUUUAAUAAAGACAGAUCUGGGGACGGGCUGGUGUGCUGCGUUUUACGGCUUGCCCAAACUGAAGCCAUCUUGAGCCUCGGGCAAGCAGACUUCCUCUGUGGUGUCUCUCUCAAGAACGGGGGUGGAGGCUGCUCACUCACAUCCACAGAGCCUUCUUUCUUUUGACAUGCAGAAUCUCUGUGGCAUCUGGGUUCACGUUCCCCCUCAGAUGACCUCCAGCCUCCACGGCCUCUGGCUCCCCCUGCAGAAAUCAAACAUACCUCCCUCAGUUGAAAUGAAGCCCCCGCCCUGCUCCCACAAGACGCACCAAGAUGCCCCCGGAGCCUUUAACAUGUUCACCCUCCCCUCCCCGGCCUUCCCCCACCCUGCCCAAGAAAAGUAAUCCUCAAGGCAAGAAUGAGAAA